UGAUUGUUAAUGGAUUUUUAGACAACUUUAUCAUCCUCUCCUACAAAAUAUAUCUUUACUAUGCAUUUGUAAGAUGUUUCUCUUUGUAAAUAUUUGUCUGUGUGUCCUUUGUGUCUAUGCUCCCUGGGUCUCAGAACCAGUUGACCCCCCGCGGAAUGUGACUUUUGCAAAUGUGACCACUUCCUCUGUCAACUUGCUGUGGCACCCGCCUGCUGAACCUAAUGGAAUCAUUGUACACUACACCAUUUACUACUCAUAUAACAACAUUGUGGCUGAGCAGAGGGUUCCUAUUUCAGACUUACGUGCCCCUGCCUCUCCUGAUUCAGCCCUCUCCUACACUCUGACUCGGCUGAUUGGGGGCACAAACUACACCCUGUGGAUGACCUCCAGCACAGUGCAGGGGGACGGAGGGGUUCAGAGCGAGCCACUAACCCUGUUCUUACCGGAGGACGCCGCUCCACUCUCAGCCAAGCACCGGAUCUCCAGGGCACCUUGUCUCUCCCGCACAGCCAAGCCCCCUGCUGGGCUCAGACCCCCACACACACCUGGCCCCUCACAUCCACUCAUUCAUCUUAUGGAUCUCUCAAGUGUUAUCUCCCCUUUCCCCUUCAUCUCCCUUUUUUUCUUCUCUGUGUACCAUGCUUUAUUUUCGGAGGGGCGGAGACGAUGAAUAGGAUGAGUAUUUACUCCUCAACCCCUUUCUUUCUCAAGGUUUCCAGUGUGCUAGUUUCUCUCUUAAAUGCCUCUGUAUGUCUCUGGAUUGGCUAUUAUUGUAGGAUACUGUUGUUGUGUCUGUUAACUGUGCUGUUUUACUUUGCUGUGUACUUCUCCAUCGUUAAAGUAAUGUCAUGCGGUAUUGUUCUAUUUGAUGUGCUGUUGUUGAUUUUGUUAAUUACAACAAUUCUGCCAAUGAUUAUGACGGUGCUUGUGACAGAUGAUGAUGAUGAUGGUGAUGGUGACUGAUGUUCUGUUCAUUUUCCCUCAAGUGUCGGAGUGUGUAUAGUUGAUUGAUGUCCUAAUUUACUGCCUCAUAGUACAGUAAACUCACAUCAAAAUACUCACAGUUUUCAACCAAUGUUGUCACUGGUAGUCAAAAAUAGUAACGCUAUUCUUCUUGUUUCC